GGUAUGGUCCCGUUAUUCUUAAUGUGACCUACAUCAGGAGGAGACACGCUCGUGCACGGGCAUCCCUCCUUUAUAUCUGACGCCAUAGCAACGCUAUGCCGAAGCCCUGAUGCGCGCUUUCUUCAAUACCGAAAGGACACGGAGAUACAACAACCAUCGGGUUCAGUGUCUAUCUGAUGUCGGAGAGGGUUUACGGCAAGUGUCGAUGACAAAAACUACAAUCGGAGGCAUCUAGGACGGUCCAUAUUCAUGCCAACAUUCCUGUUCAAGUUUGGAAAUACGAUCCAAGAGCAAGAGGGAGAGCGAGACCAUGAGCAGCUGAUACUCCGCUGCUAAAAAUAAUAUUCCCUGUGAAUUACUCUCUCUAACACCAGGCAACGGGCAUGAAAAGCUGCUAAAGCAGAGCAAUAACUCCGACACAGGUGACAUGGCCUUGUCUUUCUGUGGGAACGACAGGGGUAGUAAUGCCUACAGUGUGGACAAUGGAGUCCUGGACAACGGCUGCUUCGUGGAUGCCCUCAACCUCGUCCCUCAUGUAUUUCUUCUCUUCAUCACCUUCCCUAUCCUCUUCAUUGGCUGGGGUAGCCAGAGUUCAAAAGUGCAGAUCCACCAUAACACCUGGCUGCACUUCCCAGGCCACAACCUGCGCUGGAUCCUCACCUUCACACUGCUGUUUGUGCACGUGUGCGAGAUCGCAGAGGGAAUCGUCUCCAAUACGCAGAUGGAGUCCAAUCACUUGCACCUCUUCAUGCCAGCGCUGAUGGGCUUCAUAGCGGCCACGACAUCAGUCGUAUAUUAUCACAAUAUAGAAACAGCCAAUUUCCCCAAACUGCUGCUUGCUUUAUUUAUUUACUGGAUUCUGGCUUUCAUCACCAAGAUGAUAAAGUUAUGGAAGUUUGCAGAGGCGAGCUUGGGGGUGCAACAUCUCCGUUUCUGUAUCACAGCUUUGCUCGUGGUCCUGUACGGCCUGCUCAUGGCUGUCGAGAUCAACGUUAUCAGAGUCAGAAAGUACGUGUUCUUUGCAAACCCCCAGAGGGUGAAGCCCCCAGAAGACUUGCAGGACUUGGGCGUCCGAUUCCUCCAGCCAUUCGUCAACCUCCUCUCCAAGGCAACAUAUUGGUGGAUGAACCCGCUCAUCAUUGGAGCCCAUAAGAGACCCAUUGAGCUGAAGAAGAUUGGCAAACUUCCUAUCGCAAUGAGGGCCUUGACCAACUAUCUGCGUCUGAAGGAUUCCUAUGAGGAACAGAGGCAGAACACAGAGGACCCAGAAAAAUCCCCAUCCAUCUGGAAAUCCAUGUACCGGGCCUUUGGGGGGUCAAUCCUCCUCAGCAGCACCUUCCGGUACAUGGCAGACCUGCUGGGCUUUGCCGGGCCACUCUGCAUCUCUGGGAUUGUGGAACACCUGAAUAACUCAACAGAGAUUGACAAGACGAAUAAGACAGGGAACAUGACUUUCGGGGUUUACUUCAUGUCUUCCACUGAGCUGCUGCAGAAUACGUCGGUUCUAGCUGUUCUGCUGUUCCUGGCACUCGUGCUGCAGAGAACAUUCCUGCAGGCCUCCUACUACGUCACAAUAGAAACCGGCAUUAACCUGCGCGGGGCACUGCUUGCGAUGAUCUACAAUAAAAUACUGCGUCUCUCUACAUCAAACAUGUCCAUGGGAGAGAUGACGCUCGGCCAGAUCAACAAUCUUGUUGCCAUAGAAACCAAUCAGCUCAUGUGGUUUCUCUUCUUAUGCCCCAACCUGUGGGCCAUGCCAGUUCAGAUCAUUAUGGGGGUGAUCCUGCUAUAUUAUCUGUUGGGUGACAGCGCGUUGAUAGGGGCCGGUGUCAUUUUGCUGCUUGCCCCGGUUCAGUACCUCAUCGCUACCAAGUUGGCAGACACACAGAAGAGCACGCUGGACUACUCGACAGACCGUCUUAAAAAGACGACGGAGAUCUUGAAAGGAAUAAAGCUCCUGAAGCUCUAUGCAUGGGAGAACAUCUUCUGUGACCGUGUGGAAGAGACCCGUGGAAAAGAGCUGACCAGUCUCAAGACUUUCGCCCUCUACACAUCAAUGUCCAUAUUUUUGAAUGCCGCCAUCCCCAUUGCUGCAGUUUUGGCGACCUUUGUCACACACGCCUAUAUUGAAGAGGUCAGGCUCAGUCCAGCUAAGGCGUUUGCCUCUUUGGCUCUAUUCCACAUUCUGGUCACGCCACUCUUCCUGUUGUCCACGGUGGUCAGGUUUGCCGUCAAGGCCCUUGUUAGUGUACAGAAGCUCAGCGAGUUCCUGCAAAGUGACGAGAUUGGAGAUGACAGCUGGAGAAACGGAGAUAUGUCCAUGCCUCUAGAGGUCGGAAAGAAAUACAAAUACCAAGGGGAUACAAAGGCGAUCAACAGGAAGGGGCGCUAUCGCAUGGAUAACUACGAGCAGCCCAUGCGCAGGCAGCUGCGGCCCACGGAGACAGAAGAUGUCGCUGUACAGGUAAAUGAUGGUUUCUUCACAUGGGGAAGCAACUUGUCGACGUUGUCGGAUAUCAACAUCCGAAUCCCUACAGGUCAGCUGACCAUGAUUGUGGGCCAGGUGGGUUGUGGGAAAUCCUCCCUGCUAUUGGCUAUGCUGGGGGAGAUGCAGACGAUCAGUGGAAAAGUCUUCUGGAGCAAGAUGCCUGAUUGUGAGAUACUCUUCGAUGGGAACAUAAGCGGGCACGAUACAGAGCUGUCUCAUGAAGAUCGGAGUAAAAACAGGUACUCCGUGGCCUAUGCAACGCAGAAGUCAUGGCUGCUGAACGCAACCGUAGAGGAAAACAUCACGUUUGGAAGUCCUUUUAAUAAACAGAGAUACAAAGCGGUGAUUGAUGCCUGCUCGCUUCAACCAGAUAUCGACCUCCUUCCUUUUGGAGACCAGACUGAAAUCGGAGAGCGGGGUAUUAAUCUCAGUGGUGGUCAGAGACAACGGAUCUGUGUGGCCAGAGCUCUGUACCAGAACACCAACAUAGUUUUCCUGGACGACCCGUUCUCUGCCCUGGACAUCCACCUCAGUGAUCAUCUGAUGCAGGAGGGGAUACUCAAGUUCCUUCAGGAUGACAAACGGACAUUGGUCUUGGUCACUCAUAAGCUGCAGUACCUCAUCCAUGCUGACUGGAUAAUAGCCAUGAAGGACGGUUCAGUGCUGAGAGAGGGGACAUUAAAGGAUAUCCAGACUCAUGAUGUGGAACUCUACGAGCACUGGAAGACCCUGAUGAACAGACAUGACCAAGAGCUUGAAAAGGACACCGAACUGGAGAGUCAGACAACUCUGGAGAGGAAGACCCUGAGGAGAGCGUUCUAUUCCAGAGAGGCGAAGAACCAGAUUGACGAUGAGGAUGAAGAGGAGGAGGUGGAGGAGGAUGAAGACGACAACAUGUCCACCACCACCAGCCGCCGUUCUAAGAUCCCAUGGAAGAUGUGCUGCCGUUACCUUUCCUCAGGUGGCUUCCUCAUGGUCUUCCUGAUGGUGUCAUCCAAGUUGGCCAAGCACUCAGUUAUGGUGGCCAUUGACUAUUGGCUAGCAGCUUGGACGUCCUCAAACCAAAUUCCUGCAGAUUAUUUUGUCAACGGAACCAAUUACACAAAGAACUAUGAUGCCACGCAGAUCGCAGAGCAUCGUUCCUACGUGCCAGUGUUUAUUAUCCUGUGCGGGGCUGCGAUAGCACUCUGCCUUAUCACUUCCUUAACUGUAGAGUUUCUUGGAGUAGCUGCAGCUACGAACCUCCAUCAUGACCUCCUCAACAAGAUCAUUCAUGCUCCCAUCAGAUUCUUUGAUGUCACCCCGCUUGGACAAAUCCUGAACCGUUUCUCAGCGGACACCAACAUCAUCGAUCAGCACAUUCCCCCGACACUAGAGUCUCUCACUCGCUCCACUCUACUCUGUCUCUCUGCAAUUGGGGUCAUUGCUUUCGUCACCCCUGCUUUCCUCAUCGCACUGGUGCCCCUCGCUGUAGCCUUCUACUUCAUCCAGAAGUACUUUCGGGUUGCUUCCAAAGAUCUGCAAGAUCUCGAUGACUCCACUCAACUGCCUCUUCUCUGUCAUUUCUCUGAGACUGCAGAAGGCCUCACCACCAUCCGAGCAUUCAGGCAUGAGGCUCGCUUUAAGCAGCGGAUGUUGGAGCUAACUGACACCAACAACACAGCCUACCUAUUUCUCUCUGCUGCCAACCGGUGGCUGGAGGUCAGAACUGAUUAUCUGGGUGCUGUGAUUGUCCUCACUGCAGCAGUGGCAGCUAUCUGGACCUCAUCUCAGUCUGGUCUGGUUGGACUGGGUCUAACCUAUGCCCUCACUGUGACAAACUACCUGAACUGGGUGGUGAGGAAUCUGGCAGACCUGGAGGUCCAGAUGGCUGCAGUAAAGAAGGUCAACAGCUUCCUGAGCACAGAAUCUGAGAACUAUGAGGGAUCCAUGGAUGUCUCACAGGUACCGGAAGACUGGCCACAGCAUGGCGAAAUAAAGAUCCAUGAUCUGUGUGUCCGUUACGACUGCUUGUUAAAACCUGUCCUCAAACACGUCAAUGCCCAUAUCAACCCUGGGCAGAAGGUGGGCAUCUGUGGUAGAACGGGCAGUGGAAAGUCUUCGCUGUCUCUGGCCUUCUUCAACAUGGUGGAUGUUUUCGAAGGAAAGAUUGUUAUUGAUGGCAUUGACAUCUGCAAGCUUCCACUACAAACCCUGAGAUCCCGUCUGUCAAUCAUCCUACAGGAUCCAGUGCUGUUUAGCGGCUCCAUCCGGUUAAAUCUUGACCCCGAGUGCACUUGCAGUGAUGACAGGCUUUGGGAAGCGCUUGAAAUCGCCCAGUUAAAGAACAUGGUGAAAGCACUCCCAGGAGGAUUGGAUGCUGUGGUAACAGAAGGAGGGGAGAACUUCAGCGUGGGACAGAGACAGCUUUUCUGUCUUGCCCGGGCCUUUGUUCGCAAAAGCAGCAUCCUAAUUAUGGACGAGGCGACAGCUUCUAUAGACAUGGCCACGGAAAAUAUUCUUCAGAAAGUGGUGAUGACUGCAUUUGCUGAUCGGACAGUUGUCACCAUAGCGCACCUGGUUUCCUCCAUCUUGGAGGCGGAGCAGGUGCUGGUGUUUUCCUCUGGGAUUCUGGUAGAGUGCGACAGCGCUCCUAACCUCUUGGCGCAGGAGGACAGCCUCUUCAGCAUCUUAGUCCGGACGCACAAGUAACCGUGAUUAGGCUCCGCCCCCUUGGCACCUACGCACUGGUUCAUUGCAUCGUGUCCACACUAUCCUGACGGCUGAUCUAGUUAUUGUGAUGAAAAGGGGAAGCAUCAUGGAGUACGGAAAACCAGAGAUUCUCAUG